ACUGCUUGCAAUAUACACACCUGUCAAUAUGUACACCAACUGUAGACAGCUGAUCGCUAUGCAGCUAUUGCCCAACAGUACUGUCAUAUGGUGGAAUGUAAACUUUGGCAAUCGAAAGGAAAUCCGUAGGUGUGCAGAACGAUAACAAACAACAUCAAUUAAAACACUCGCACACAGCGACGGUGGCAUAAUAAAACGAUUUCUCCCCUUAUGCCGCAGAGCCUGCCAGGAAGGCACCUUGUUCAAACAGUUCUCCGAUAAUGGCGCAGAUACUUGGGUCCAAUUUGUAGUGGAAACCGUGCGAUCGGGCGGGUACAGCGCAAUUUAGACGUGUACCGCACCUCAAGUAGUGAAGGUUGCCACAAGUUUGCUUCCUGCCCAGUCGACCAGCCAUGGCCCGUCAUCGUGCCGUACUGAGCGACGCGACAUUUCACGUUGAAGUCAACGAGGCUGGCAGCAGACGAUACCAGCAGGGCGGCAAUGGUGUCGAUGGUGGUGUGUUUAAAACGCCUCCGGAAGAGGAUAAAAUUGAGGUGCUGCAAGAUGACGGCGCUGAGGAACAGCUGAGCAAUGAGGUUGGACUGUUCACGCCCAAGGGCAAUCCACUUGCCAGCCAGGAGGAUCAAUUUCAAGGUGUUAAUGUUAGUUUCUCGCAGAGCUUUCGGCGCUGGUCAAGCAACUUUGGACGAAGUGUGAAAAACAAUAAACGCACCGUUUACAACAAAACCAUUCGUUUGAUGCCGUCUCGGAUACAGAAAACGCUCUCGAUCGAUGGUGAUCUGAUAACGACCAGUGCGUCCGAUGUGGACCACAUCACGAUGGAGCUGGGCCAGCGGGAGCAGCUGAUGGAGGACAAUCCGAUCGCCGAACAGCUGCGCAUCGAAACGAUCAAAUCGAUUGCACACAAAAUCUCCACCAAACGUCAGAUCCGGGAGCAGCUUUCGCAAACGGUUAAUCGGCGGGCGACACGUGCCAAAUCGAUCGGUCUUAUCCGUCGGUACCGGUACACCGGCAAACUGUACGCGACACGUGCCGCCAAGCUGCUGAAAAGUUUCGUCACAAACUUUGAGCUGUUUUACGGCAGCAUGAAACAGAUCGAGGGACACUUCGGGAGCCGUAUCAGUGCGUACUUUAAGUUCUUGCGGCGGCUGCUGGUGCUGAAUCUGGUGCUGUUGCUCUUUAUCGGUUCGUUCGUAAUCUUUCCGCAGCUGCUGGCCGGCCACGACCCGGUUAGUCCCGUGCUGGACAUUAACGCACGGCAGGACUUUCAUCUGCGCGAUCUGUUCACCGGUGAGGGUUAUCUCAGCGAAUCGGUGAUGUACUACGGAUCGUACAGCAAUCGCUCGUUUACGCUCGUGCCCGGUACGGCUGAAUACAGUCUACCGCAUGCCUACUUUCUCACAAUCACGGUACUGUCACUGGUGACGUUUGUCGUUGUAUCGAUCAGCAUGGGCCGAUCGUACCGGAUCAGCUUUAUCGAGUCGAGCGCAACGGUACAGAACAUACUGACGCACAAGGUCGUCUGUUCGUGGGAUUACGGCAUCGCGAAUGGGAAAGCUGCCCGCCUCAAACACACCACCAUCCUGAACGAGCUUCGGGACUAUCUGGCCCAACGUAACCGUGACCCAUUCGUUCCCGGCCGAUGGCACCGUUUACGACGCGAAGCACUACGCCUGGUAGUGCACGUGACCGUGCUGGCAUUGAUCAGUGCUGUUGCCGCCAGUUUGUGGGCACUGCUGGUACGUUUCGGCGAGACGGAUCACUUUACCGCCUGGUCCGCACUGUACGUGACGGUCGUGUCGAACGUAACGAUGGUUGCGUUCGGGUACGCUUGUCAGCUGCUCGGCCGGCUCGAACAGUACCGACAGGUGGCAACCCGGCUCAACAUAAAUCUGCUGCGCCACUUCCUGCUACAGCUAACAAUAGUCGGUGUGCUGCUGGUAUACUGGUUGACGCGUGCCCACAAUGCCACCGGCUGCUGGGAAACACUCAUCGGUCAGGAACUCUACCGACUGCUGGUGGUCGAUUUCUUCAUCUCGACCGUGCUGCUGUGUGCGAUCAGAGGCGUACGGUAUCUGCUGCACGUACACUACGGUCCGGUAAAAGGUGCGACACCACCGACCACUUCCCUUGGUCGCUAUCUUACCCCACCACCGUUCUGCAUCGAAACGCACAGCCUUGGGCUGGUGUACAAUCAAACGUUGCUGUGGUUUGGUGUGCUGUUUGCUCCACUGCUUGUGCUGCUGGUUGCCCUGAAGCUGCUGCUCGUAUUCUACAUCAACAAGUUCGAGCUGAUCUACCUGUGUCAACCGCCGGCCCGACUGUGGCGAUCGAGUCAAACCCAAACACUCUUCCUCGUACUGGUGUUUGUGUCCCUGUUCGGUAUACUGCUCACACACGGUUACAUCAUCAUGCAGGUACCGGUUAGUGCUGGGUGUGGCCCAUUCCGUGGCACCCAGUACAUGUACCAGCUGUUCAUGCAGGGCAUCCUGAAACUACGCGAAGAGCAUCUCUUUUGGCGUGUGUUCGUCUACAUCACCAAACCGGCCAUCAUCGGUGGCGUACUGUUGACGAUGGGUGUCGUUACGUACUAUCUGCGUGCGAAAUCACGCGCCCAGAUUGCGAAAGUGAAGCUACUAAAGGAGCUGCUAGGGAUGGAAGCGAAGGAUAAAAAGUUUCUGCUCGCCAGCCUCAACAAGGUUGCGCACGGUAAGGACUGUACCGAGCAGCUUGACCGGAUCGAGCUGGUUGGUGGUGGACGCAUUAAUGGACCGGCUGACAAAUAUUACACCGAUCCCUGCGGUACCUGGCGGUAUGAGGAAACGCCACGAAAGACCGGCAACAGCAACGAGCGACCAGUUUCGGUCUCCAUGGGAAACGAUGCAACCGGUAGCUGCUCCGGAUAUCAGCGAUUCGAGGAUGAGGAGCAGCUGCGCAUGCGAAGAACCUAAUACAGCAAGACACAGACAAUACGCACCCCGGGGCGCUGGAAUAAUGUCUUCCAAAAAAAAAAUGGUGACACCGAUGACGCUUAAUUUUAUCCACCCGUGCUAGCUUCAUUUAUUUAUUGAAAUUUCUUUCUAGAACCAAAUUUUUGAUCAAAUUAUUUAUUGAGCUUUAAUUUAUGUAUGAUAUACGGAAUCUUACGAAUCGGUCAAUGACGCUAAUGCAUCGGGCAAAGAAGCAAUUGUUAAACGUGUCUUUAGCUUAGCUAGCUGUUUUCAUCCUGUGUGUUAGUUUAGAGAGGCGAAUAUGUUUCAAUUUCAAUGGAAAGUUAAACACAAACCAGUACUAUUAGAAUCAGUUA